AUGGCGAAGCCAUCUUUGGAUGAAGAAACUGCAAAGAAAGUCAUUCGCCAGGUAGAGUUUUAUUUCAGUGACAGUAAUCUUCCAAGAGAUAAAUUUCUCAAGAACACUAUCAGUGAAAGUGAUAAUGGAAUGGUUAGUUUGGCAUUGAUAUGCUCAUUCUCUCGGAUGAGAAGCCAUCUGGGUCUGGGAGAUGCAAAGCCUGAAGAUGUCUCGGAAGACACAGUUAAAGUUGUAGCCGAAACUUUGGGAACCUCUACUUUCCUUAAGGUUUCCGAAGAUGGCAAGAAGGUUGGUAGAGUUACUGAGCUGGCAAAGCCGGAGGAGGUUAUAGAGCAAUUGGAUGUCAGAACAAUUGCUGCCUCACCACUGGAGUAUGAUUUGAAACUUGAAGACGUAGAAUCAUUCUUUAACAAGUAUGCCAAGGUUAAUAGUGUGAGGCUACCUCGACAUGUUGCUGACAAAAGGUUGUUUUGCGGAACUGCCCUUAUUGAGUUCUCCACCGAGGAAGAUGCUGCAAAUGUUUUGAAGCAAAGCUUGAGUUAUGCAGGGGUUGAAUUAGAACUGAAACUAAAAAAGGACUUUGACGAGGAAAGAGCUAAGCAAGAGGAAGAAGUUGAGAAAACUUAUUCCCAAGUGGGUUCAAAUCGUAAAAACAACAAUUCCAAUACUAGACCUGACUAUCCUGAAGGCUUAAUUGUGGCCUUUAAACUGAAGAGUACCUCCUCUGGAGGUUCUACAGAUCAGAAUGAGAAUGAUGAACCAGUGAACGACACAGGAGAUGCCCCUAAAACAGAUGAGGAAGAGGAUAAGCCACAGAAUAUCACCAAGGAGACUGAACAAAAGAUGUCAGGAGAUGUCAUAAAUGAAGGAAUCGAUAAAGGCAAUGUUAUGGGGGAUGAAGAAAAUGAAGAAGAUAAGACUGAUGCAGGGAAUGAGGUUCAAGAAUCUAAAGGUGUUGACGAAGAGAAAUUAACUAUUGCAGAUUACAAGGACAAUAAAGAUGUUGUUCUGCGAGAGGACCUGAAAAGUAUUUUCCUGAAGUUUGGCACUGUUAAGUUCAUUGAUUUCAAGAUUGGAUCAGAAUCAGGAUAUGUGAGGUUUGAAGAUGCUGGAGCUGCUCAGAAAGCACGUGCUGCUGCUGUGCUUGCUGAGGAAGGUGGUCUGAUCGUGAAAAAUUUUGUUGCCACUUUGGAUCCCGUAACUGGGGAUGCUGAGAGGGAAUACUGGACUCUACUCCGUACUAAUCAAGAGAAGCACCGUGACAAUUUCAAAAGCAACUGUAGAAGGGGAGGAAAGCACAACAGAGGAGGUAGGCAUUUCAAUGGAAAGCAUUCUCGUUCUUCAGAUUCUGCAUCUCGUCCAAAUAAAGUUCAGAAAGUUACAGCAGUAAUCACCACUGGUCGAGAGUAA